AGUCCGCACAGACUUUCUCUGGAGCAGAGGAGGCAGCUAAGGGGGACCAUCCGACGGGAAGUGUUUAAUUAGCGUCCCCUGCUCCUGUCUAAGAAGGAGGAGUCUUUGCCGUCGAGUUCGGCAGUCAGAGGAGGGCAGGAGCUCACGCAGCACACAGUGUGUGAGAGACAGCUGAAGAUGUGGGAGCUGUUGAGUGAAGCUUCUACAAUUGAACGCUGAUAUUUUGUCUCCACCUCCUGCCUUUCAUUAUAAAUGAAGCUCACAAGAAGCACUGGGAGAAUUCUGAACAGGGGCACUGGUGCAGCAACAUUUAAGCUUCGGAGACUCUGACACGUGGGAACGUGCACUUUUUUCUAAAAAGGACUUUAGUUAAAAAAUUUAAAAAAAAAAAAAAAAAAAAGUAGGAAGAAAUACAAGAUGCUGAAUGCUGGGAUCUUCAUUUUCAGCUUCUGUUUCAUCAUUGGGGAAGGCUAUGUAGCCGGCAAGAAGCCUUAUCAGAUUCAGAAUGGGCCAUGCAGCUACACGUUUCUUCUGCCCGAGCAGGAGACGUGUCCUCCGAGUAGCUACGGCGACCAGGUGCAGAAAGAUGACCCGGCUGAAUACGAGGAGUCGCUACAGAGGCUGGAGCAGUUGGAGACCAUCAUGGAGAACAACACUCAGUGGCUGCUCAAGCUGGAGAGUUACAUCCAGGAGAACCUGAGGCAAGACAUGGUCCAGCUUCAGCACGACACCGUGCACAACCACACGGCGGCCAUGAUCGAGAUCGGCACCAACCUCCUGAUUCACACUGCGGAGCAGACGCGGAAGCUCACCAGCGUCGAGGCACAGGUUAUAAACCAAACAACGCGGCUGGAGCGUCAGCUUCUUGAGCAUUCAAUCUCAACAAAUAAACUGGAAAAAGACAUAAUCCUGCAGACAAAUGAAAUAACUAAACUCAACGAUAAAAACAGCUUUCUGGAAAAGAGGGUGGAGGACAUGGAGGGCCAAAGGCAGGCAGAACUGAAGAGUCUGCAGGAGGAGAAGGAGCAGCUGAAGAAGCUGGUGGAGAAGCAAACGGGCAUCAUUGAGGAACUGAAGCAGCAUCUGCAGCGUGCCUCUGAGGAGAACACGGCUCUGCAGCAACAGCAGCAUGAGCUGGCGGAGACGGUCAACAACCUCAUCCAAACAAUCAACAUCCCCACCCAUAAAUCAGCGAUGAUGCAGGAUACGCCUUCACAGUACAAAGACUGUGCUGCCAUCUUCAAGUCCGGGAACAAAGAAAGUGGAGUCUACACGCUAACAAUCCCAGGCACAAAAGAACUAAUAAAGGCCUACUGUGACAUGGAAACCGAAGCAGGUGGAUGGACAAUAGUGCAGAAGCGAUUCAGUGGCCUUGUUGACUUUGAUCAGACGUGGAAAGAAUACAAAAUGGGGUUCGGAGACACUUCAGGUGAACACUGGCUGGGUAAUGAAUACAUCUCAAAGCUGACUAACGAUCAGCAAUACGUGCUGAGGAUAGAGCUCACCGACUGGGACGGGAACACGGCUUUCUCUCAGUAUGAGGAAUUCUCCCUGAGCAGCGAAGAGCAGAAGUACAGGAUACACCUUAAAGGCUACAGUGGAACUGCGGGUAAAAUCAGCAGCCUUGCCCAGCCGGGAAAUGAUUUUAGCACAAAGGAUGCAGACAAUGACAAGUGUGUUUGCAAGUGUUCACAGCUAACCACAGGAGGCUGGUGGUUCGACGCCUGCGGCCCUUCCAAUCUCAACGGUGUAUACUAUCAGCAUGGGCAGCACACCAGUCGCUUCAAUGGUAUCAAAUGGUACUACUGGAAAGGCUCUGGAUAUUCACUAAAAGCAACAACUAUGAUGAUAAGACCGGUGGAUUUCUGAGGAGCAAAUGGGGCAGUAGAUGGGCAACAAAACUGAUAUGGGACCUUACUUUACGAGGGGGGGAAAUUCUUGACCCUUAUUGACAUGUUGAGCAAGAGAAGCCGGCAAAGAAGAAAGCACUUGAAAGAAACUUACAGAUUUAAAACAUAGUAUUAAAUCAGUAAGAACAUGUAAUAAACAUGUAAAAAUUAAAUCUAUGUAUGAGGACGCAGCACAAGGAAGGCCUUACAUUGGAGAUGCACCUAUGGACUGAACGGUUAAUAGGUAUUCCUUAUGCAAACAAUCUAAUGUGGUAAAAUGUAAUAUUUGUUUAGAGAGUUUAUAUUUCUGAAUUUCUUGUUAAUAUGCAACAGUUACUUUGAUAUGGUUUGAUUAUAGAAAAUGCAAAAACUAUGGUACAAAGGUAAAGGGAGAGUGACUGAUGUAGAAGAGUGCUUACACUAACAAAGCAAAUGGAAAAGAUUGUCCUUUUGUUUACAGCUGUUUACUGAUUUGCAUAUUUUGUAAUUUUAGUACUUUUUUUUUGUUGCAAUUUUUAAUAUAUUCCUGAAAAUUUUCUCCCAGACAUUUUAAAAAGAAACUACGAUAUUUUGCACAAGGUUUGCCUCGUAGUAAGUUUACAAAACUUUAACAGCCAUGUGAGAAGAGAGAUGGUUUUCUCACUAGGCAAACAAACAAACAAACAAAAAAAAACUGUUGGUGUUUGGCCCCCUAAAAAUAAGUUUUAGGAUAAGAGGUGUACGUGAUAAAUUCGUUCACUUCUAAGAAAAGACUGCACAUGACUGUUUAUAAUAAAUGAUCCAGUUUUAACACAGCUUUCCCAAAAUACUGAUAAUGUAUAAUUGCAGAUCGGUUUAGGAAUUCGGAUGCUCUUGAUCCUUUUCUAUUCGAAAGCAACUCACCAUACUAGCAAAACCAAAUCUACAGCUAAGGUGCCAAAAGGACUGCAUUUUUAUCACCAAUAGACUGUAACUACACUUCUUCACUGCUGAGGCGAGACUUUCUAUUUAUUUAUUGUUUUUAAAUGACCUGUAAUUCUUUACUGUUUUAGAUGAAAUUUGUUUGUUGUUCCUUUUUUUCCAGCAAAGAUUUUUUUUUUAUUGAAGGCAUCAUACCAUUAAAAUUAUCAUAAAAAAAAAAAAAAAAAAAAAA